AUGGCUGUGGAUUGCCUGACGUCCGCGAUCAUCAUGACUCCCAGCGGCAGCAGCAGCAGCAGCAAGCACACUGGGGCCACGGGUGCGACGCCGACUCCCACCCUUGCUGCGAGUACUACAAGCAACCACACCACCAGCAGCACUGGCGCCAGCAGCAUGAUAAGCGCGCCGAGGCAGCCUCAGGUGUCCGCCCCUCAGCUCUCAUCUGCCGCGUAUCCCGCGGCCAGCUACGGUCGUCACACCGCAGGGGCGAAUCCGGGCCCGUCAAGAACCAGCGCCCCAGCGCUGGCGGCGCUGUUCCCGCAGUGGGCGGCGGUGGACGCGGAGCAGCUGAGGCGCGUGCCCCAGGACGCGAUGCCAGAGGACGGACACUGCUGGCUGAAAUACGGCGAGAAACGACUUGUUAAAUCAGUCUGUCACAGGUCCUACUUCCGCUGUGCGCGCUCCACGUGUCUUCCUCUGCCUGCCAGCUCUGACACUCGGCAGGACGAAGCAGGAGCGGCAUCGUCACCCGCCGCUUCAGCAGCAGCGGCAGUGCCAGCACCCUCAACGCCAGCUUCGGUGGCGCCAGCGGCAACGCCAGCUAAGGCAGCAACGCCGCCUGCGACGCCAGCUAAGGCAGCAACGGCACCCACAACGCCAGCAUCACUAUCCAUGCAGGAGGCGAUGCCAGCAGCGCCAGAAACGCGCUCAGACUCAGCAGACCAGCCUGCUGCUGCUGCUGCUGCUGCUGCUGCUGCUGUUGCUGAUGCUGAUGCUGAUGCAGACUUGACUGCCAGCAACUUGGACUCGUAUCAGGGAUUCCGAUUCCCCCACGCGCUUAAGCCGUUCCCUGAACCGCAAUCCACUCAUGCGGGUUUCCCUGCGAUGCGUGCGUCUCCUGCCUCUCACGCUCCUCACGCCUCUCACGCUUCUCCCGCCUCUCCCGCCUCUCCCGCUUCUCACGCCUCUCCCACAUCUCCCGCCUCUCCCACGUCUGCCGCAUCGCACGUGUCUCCCGCUCCUCACGCCUCGACCGCCUCGGCCUCGCACUCCUUCACGCCACCGAAGCCGAUUAAAGUGAGCUUCUCUCCUCCGGCGGACCGGGAAUCCCCGUGGUUUGAUGACUCAGCAGCGCCACGUCAGCUGCAGGGGCUGCUGGAGGAUAUGGUGCCACGUCAGCUGCUGCAGGGCUCGCAGCGAGUCAGAGAAGCCGGACAGUAUCGCACAGCAUCCGAUGCUGCAGCAACAGGUGCAGGAGCAGGUUUCCAAACCUCAGCCACAUCAGUAGCACCAGAAAAGGCACCGCAUGCAGCAGCAUCAGCAGCAAUGCCAUUUCAGAGCACCAAAAGCAUUGCAGUGGAAGCAGAACAAUCAGCGGAACAACGACUGUGGGCCCCGCUCCAACCUCAAGCCCAAGCCGCCAUGGUGGCACCAGGUGUUGCACCAACUGUUGCACAGAACCAUGUGCUUCCUUUCCUGUCGCCUCCGCUUCUCCCUAUUGCUGCCCACACCCCGUACCAAGCAGCAACAACACCAGCACCUACAGCAGCAGCUACAGUAGCUACAGAAACAGCACCGCAUUGCGUGUCGCCUCUCGCCCUGGUGCAGCCACUCUCUUCUGAGCUGCCGCCCGCUGCCUUGCCGCUGCCUGCCGCUGUGUCGCCGCCCGCUGCAGUGUCCCCGGCUGCUCUUGUCUUGCCUACCCUGGAAGCCCCGUGCUGCCAGUGCGGGUGCCCGCAAUCCCAAGGGGCGGGACAACAGCAGCAGCAGCAGCAGCAGCAGCAGCAGCAGCCAAUGGUGCUUCAGAUGAGGCCCGAAGCUCCAGCUCAGGAGUGUGUUCGGGCAGCAGUGCAAGCCAAGCCAGAGGCUGUUCUUAUGGACAUGUCAGCACAGAUCCAGACACCACAGCUCGCAUCACCUUCUUUCACUACACCUCCUCUCCCCACUCCGCUCACCACUCCACCAGCCGCCACGGGCAUUCUUCCAAAUGGCACUUCCUCCGCGGGCAUUCUUCCAAAUGGCACUUCCUCCACCAGUGGGCACCGUCCCGUCGCCUCUCUCACUCCCGAUCCCAACUACUUCCUGAACCACAUCCCUAACCACAUCCCUUACCACGAGCCGUAUGCAGGUACUGCAGCCACUCACCUGCACCUGUUCCGCCUCCCCCAGGUGCCACCUGCGCAGGCAGCUCCAGCUGCUAAUAUCCAUGCCAUCACGAGUCACACUCGAGAUUUCACGGGUGUGGCUGGCAGUGCCGUUUGGGCUUCAGGUGUCGCCAUGAGCCCUGCUGUCCGAACCACUGCUGCUGCCCCCGCCACCGCCCCCGCCGCUGCUGAUGCUGCCGGUACGCAGACCCCCAGGGUGCAAUUCACUCGCACUCUGAGCGUCGGGCUUGACGGCUCGGGCGGCAUGGGUGGUGUGGGUGGCAUGGGGUGUGUGGGCGGCAUGGGAGAGGAUGAGUUGCUGGUGGAGGCGGCAGCACGGCUGGCGGAGCAGGGAGGGCUGGAGACACUUGAUUGGCUGCCGGAACUCUCAGGGUAA